CAUAUUCACACACACAGACACGGCUAGCCAGUAUGUACUUCUUAAAAUCAUUCAAUUUGUCACCAUUACCUCAUAAAGACACAAACUCUAACUUUAUCAACUUUGUUCACUGUAUCCAAAUUUUCAGUAUUUAGACCCUAAUCAAUAUUUCAAUUAAUUUUUUUGAACGGAAGUGAAAUGCUGUAAACAACUGAUGAUAAAUUCACACAAAAAGGAGAAGUUAUGUUCAUGAAAUCUGAAGUUUUACUAAAAACCCACUCGGACAAAUGUAUUAUGAACACUGGAGAAGAUUGAAUUGAAUGUUUUAUAUUUACAUUAAAGAUAACGCUUCAUCCAAACAAAAGCAGCUUUAAAAAUUUUCAAUAUAUUUUUUCAUCAAAGAUUUACCAGGUGAUCGUUCUUUAGUCAGCUUUCAUACAGCUAAUCAGACGACUGUGAUGUAAUAAAUGUUGUAGAGCACAUAGAGGGCUUUGAAAUUAUGCAAAGACCAACAUAUAUUGUUUUUCGUAUCCUAAAAAACCAGAUUACAUGACGAGCAUCGUCUUUGUUCCACCGAUCAAAAAGAGAAAGUUCAGCUCAAUGUCAACAUUUGUUAUUGCUAUAUUUAGUAUUUAUUUUUGGAAACAAUAAUUAAAAGGAGAAUGUACAUAAACAGGCAUUUUUUGAAAAGCCACCUGAGGAUACAUACCGUGGAAUGACUUUGUGAACAUUGUGGAACAAUUUAAUCACAGUAACAGUGCAAACAUUGUAGAGAACAAUUAAAUAGCAUUUUCAGUUUUAAACGACAUUUGAAAAUGGAUGCAUUAGAGAUGCAAAGACAAUAUGAAUGUGAGUAUUGUGGAGAUAAGUUUAAUGUUAGUUGCAACUUAAAAACACAUUUGAGGAUACAUGGUACUGGAGACAUGGCAUUCAUUGUUCCAUAUGAAUGUGUACAAUGUGGAAAAAUGUUUGUAAGCAGUAGUGAUUUGGAAGUGCAUAUGAGGGUGCAUUUAGGAGCCAGGCCGUACCAAUGUGAACAUUGUGGAAAGAGAUUCAAACAUCGUUAUCUGUUGAAAACACAUUUGAGGACACACACAGGAGAAACACCAUAUAAAUGUGAACAAUGUGGACAGAAAUUUAAAUACAACAAAAGUCUCAAGAAACAUAUCAAAAUACAUACUCUAGAAGAGUCAUCGUAUCUGUGUGAACAUUGCGGGCAAAAAUUUACCGAGAAAAGCCAUUUGAAUACACAUUUGAAAAUACACAAAGAAAAAACACUGUGUCGAUGUGAACAUUGUGGAAAACAAUUUAAUCAGAGUAGCGAUUUGAAGGUACAUUUGAGAGGACACACCCAAGAACGAGCAUAUCAGUGUGAACAGUGUGGGAAAUACUUUAAUCAGAGUAGUUAUUUGAAGGUUCAUCUGAGGAUACACACCCACGAGCGACCAUAUCAGUGCGAACAUUGUGGAAAACAAUUCUCUCAGAGUGGCAGUUUAAACAUGCAUUUGAGAAAACACACACAAGACAAACCGUAUCGGUGUGACCACUGCGGAAAACAAUUUAAUCGGAACGGCAGUUUGAAGGUACAUUUGAGAAAACACACGCAAGAACGACCGUAUCAGUGCGAACAGUGUGGAAAACGAUUUUCUCAUAACGCCACUUUUACAGUACAUAGGCGAAUACACACUCAAGAGACGCCUUACGAGUGUGACCAUUGUGGGAAGAAAUUUAGAGAAAAUGGACUUUUGAAGAAACAUUUGAGAACACAUACAGGAGAGAGACCAUAUGGAUGUAAAUUUUGUGGGAAAAAGUUUUCAACUAGUACCAGCUCUAUAAGACAUAUGAGGAUACAUACUGGCGAAAAACCAUAUGGAUGUGAACGUUGUGGAAAAAUGUUUGUUAGCAGUGGUACAUUGAAAAUCCAUCUGACGGUACAUUCAGAAGCGACGCCGUACCAAUGUGAACAUUGUGAAAAAGAAUACAAACGACUUGAUCAUUUGAAAAGGCACAUUAAGGGACACCAUAUUGAUGUGAACAAUGUGGCAAUAAAGUCAAGCAAAACUUCAAUUUAAAACAUACAUUUUAUAUUGUUCAACAAAGUUGUGGAAUGAUCUUCCACAUGACAACUAAUUUCAUGGACAAGACUAUUUUAUCUUUUAAAAACUCAAUUAUUUGUAUUGUUACAUUUAGGAAUGUUUUGUUACUUGCAUUGCUUUUCAGUAUUUGUUUAAUAUGCAACUGUACCACUUUGAAAAAGAGUAUAGAAGUACUGAAAGUGCAUGCAGUAAAAAGACAGAAUAAAUAAAUACAAAUUUGAUAAUUUUUAAAA